AUGUUCGCCAGACGAAAAAUCGUUUGGUCAGUUACGAAGAAAUGCAAGAUCGAAACCGAGACGAAAAUCGACCAAAUUACCGGCGAGAUUUCCUUGAAGUUUACCGAUGUACAGGCCAGCAAGAUGGGACUCGGCCCCACAGGUCACAUGCCUUUCUUUUGCCACAACGGAGAUCCGCUGUCGCAACCGCCGCCAGCCCACAUGGGCAUCCCACCGUACCAGUUGGACAGCAAGGGGGCGGCAUCCAUGGGUGAGUACGGGGGCUCGCCGCAGCCGCAACCUCUCAGCCCCGCCGAAUGGAGACGUCUCGGGCCGCUGCUCGCCGCCACAGGUCUCACCAGACCCCCUAUGUAUCCCUUUCCUGCUGGCCAGUACGCCUACCCGAUGCUCAGUCCAGAAAUGUCACAGGUGGCGAGUUGGCACACUCCCAGUAUGUACCCCCUAUCGCCCGGUGCCGGUUUCCGAAGUCCUUACCCCAGCACGUUACCGAUCUCGACGAGCAGCCUGCCCAGCGAUUUCUACAGAUUCUCACCAACCGGGUUGAUACAGCCGCAUCCCGGUUUGUCUCCACACCCGCCUCACCUUUCGUCGCAUCCCGCCAUCGUCACGCCGGGACCCAAGCAGGAGUUGCCCGAUCUCAAUCACAGGUAA